AUGCAUUUCAACGCUCUCCUCGCCGCCGCCCUGACCGGCUCCGUCUCGGGCCUAGCCCUCCGCCAGGCCAUCCCGGUCUGGGAGACGCUGCCGGCGACCCCGGACCUCCCGAGCCCCAUCUCCACGGCCAGGACGCCGAUAAACGGCAUUGAGAUGUGGUUCCAAAAGUACAACGAAGAGGCCGGCGGCGUGCCCAUCGUCAUGGACCACGGCGGCCUGGGCUACUCGGCCUACUUCGGCUCCGUCAUCACGCGCCUCGUCAACGCCGGCCACUACGUCAUCGCCGUCGACCGCCGCGGCCACGGCCGCUCGACGUACAACGCGGACGACGUCUUCACCUACGACCAGAUGGCCGCCGAUGUCACGGCGCUGCUCGCCGGCGCGGGCGUGACGCGGUACAACGUCGUCGGGUGGUCCGACGGCGGCAUCGUCACCCUCGCGACGCUCCUGGACCCAACCGCCGCCGGGACCAUCAACAAGGCCUUCCUCUUCGGCGCCACGGCCAACCCGGAGCAGACCAACACGAGCUUCAGCCAGACGGCCAUCUUCUCCGAGUUCGUGUCGCGCUGCGCCGCCGAGUAUGCCGUCCUGCAGCCGACGGCCAACUUCACCGACUUCGGCACAAAGGUCGCCACCAUGGAGGCCACCCUGCCGCAGUUCACCGACGCCCAGCUCGGUACCAUCGACGGCUCAAAGGUCAUGAUCGCCGACGGCGACCGCGAGGAGGCUGUCAACCUCGACGUCCCGGGCCUCCUGAACAAGGCCAUCCCUGGCAGCAGCCUCACCAUCCUUACGGGCGUCAGCCACUUCGCGCCCCUGCAGGACCCCGACCAGUUCACCAAGGCCGUGACGGACUUUUUCAACGCGUGA